AUGCUUUCUGCUAUGGGAAAGAGUUUGAAAGACUUUCAGUCGAUGCUAGUACCGGAUUUAGAGAAUCAUGCUAGAACUACCAAUUGGUUGAUACAAGAGGAAUUAGCAUAUGAUAUUAAUGUCAUGAGGGAAGAGAAUGAUAAUUUGGUGCAACAACUAACCGAAGAGCAAAGGGCUAUAUAUGACAAUGUAUUGCAAGAUGCUGAGAAUAAUCUGGGAGGCCUAUUUUUUGUUUAUGGAUACGGUGGAACGGGAAAAACAUUCUUAUGGAGAGCAUUGUCUUAUGCUUUAAGGUCAAAGGGUGAGAUAGUCUUAAACGUGGCAUCAAGUGGCAUAGCUUCUCUUCUACUACCAGGAGGAAGAACUGCACAUUCAAGAUUUGCAAUACCAAUAGCUGUUAAUGAAGAUUCAACUUGCAAUAUCAGCCAAAGUAGUCAUUUGGCACAGUUGAUCAUGCAAAGUAAGUUGAUCAUUUGGGAUGAGGUACUGAUGAUGCAUAAAUUUUUCUUUGAAGCUUUGGACCGUACCAUGAGAGAUAUCAUGCAUACCAAAAAUCCAAAAAGCUUGGAUAUGACUUUUGGUGGGAAAACCGUGGUGUUAGGUGGAGAUUUCAGACAGAUUCUACCAGUCAUUCCAAAGGGCACGAGGCAAGAUAUUGUGGGAGCAAGUAUAAAUGCAUCAUAUCUUUGGAGAAGCUGUAAAGUAUUUAGGCUAACGAAGAAUCUCAGGCUUAGGUCAUUGCAAUCAGAUACUGAAGUUCAAGAGAUUGAAGAAUUUGCAAAGUGGAUUGCUAAUAUAGGUGAUGGAACAAUUGGUGAUUCUUUGCAUGGAGAAUGUGAGAUAAAUAUUCCUGAAGAAUUUGUGUUACCGUGUAUUGAGGAUCCAAUUUCUACAAUUGUUGAUUGCAUAUUCCCUAUGUUCCGCAGUGGCCACAGUGAUAUUCAAUAUCUAAAAUAUCGUGCUAUUUUGGCACCAACUUUGGAUAUUGUGGAUGCAGUAAAUGAAUACAUGAAUGACUAUAAUAAUGCCGAAGGAAAGACGUAUCUUAGUUGUGAUUCGGUUUGUAAAUCUGAUUCAAAUGUUGACAUGUUUGCUGAUCUGCACACUCCGGAAUUUUAA